GGCAUUUAUGGUAAUAUGGGGCAUCAUUGAGGGAUCACAACACACGAUGCCAACAGUUAUCUCUUUUCAUGCACUGCAUGACGCAAACGUUUCUGUUGUUGUCGAUGGAAAUGUUCUAGUUGUUUUAGAAUUGGAGAGCAGAAUCCCAGAAGUGCACAGGCCAGAUCGCUGCUACCCAGGAGAAUGCUUUUUCAUGUGAACGCUCAAGUUAUUUUGUUCAGUUAAGGUAUAUGCAGCAGAAUCUUGGCUUACCAGGAUUCCUGCUUCACCAUGGAAUUGUCAGGCAAAUUUUCUCCAUGCAAACAGACUCUUGAAAACCAUGGCUAUUUGAGCAAAGAUAUUUCUGCAGUAACCCGCGAAAGCAAAUCUUCAUUGAGCAAUGGAAGCAAGCAGUUGACCAUGUCACAUCCUUCACACAAGUUCAUGAUUUCGAUGUUGCAGUCGCAUCAUGGAUCAUGCCAACGCAAGUAGAGAUUCUCUCAUCGUUGGUAAAAGCUAAAAGAUGGGUCACAGUAGACCAUCACCUCGCGCAUGCAGCUCUGGGGUUCUAUGACUCCCCUUUUAAGUCUGCUCUUGUGUUUUCGUAUGAUGGAGGUGGAAACGAUGGAACAUUCAACGUGUAUCAUGCAGACAGAAACAAAGGAAUCAAGCAUCUAAAAUGGGUUGGUCUUAAUCUUGGGACGCCCUUCAGGCAGCUUGCUAUAGCAAUGCCAGAAGUGACUGGGGGCAAAGGCACAAGUGAAGAGACGAAAGAUCUCACAACUUAUAUGAGAUUUGCGCCUCUUGCAUUAUCUGGAAAACACCCCAACGAUUCUUGGAUCUCCGACCAGAAUGUGGAAGGGCAAUGGCUAAUUACAAAAAAGUGGGGUGUUUUCAGAAGAGCUAUUUUGUCUCACAAAAAGUUGGGGGUCAUGGGAUAUGCAGCACUUGGAAGCAUAAGAGAGGAGUGGGUAGAUGGUUUUGAUAUCUAUUAUCGACAGUUUGUUAGUCCCCUACAGGCAAUGUAUACGCUUGGCGAGAGAACUAAACUGGUAAUGGAACCAAAUAGUUUGAAAGCCAAAGAUGCGAGAGAUGUAGCGGCCACAAGUCAGCAUGUUUUCGAGAAGUUACUUUGUGAGAAAAUUGAUUAUUUUUUAAGUCUCAAAAUGAAGGAUGAUGAAAGCUUCAGAAAUAAAAUAGAUGGCAUUGUUUUGACUGGAGGUUGUGCAUUGAAUGUACACGCAAAUGAGCUUGUUUUCGAGAGAUUUCUAUUGCCAGUUCAUGUCCCAUCAGCACCAAAUGACUGUGGCAUUUCAGUAGGAGCCGCUUGGUCAAUCGAUCCGCCUAAACACCAGCCAAAACAGUUGCAAUACUCCGGAAUGCCUCUCUUUGACCAUCGAUACCUCGAAGGCAUUGCUGUGAAACGAGGCGCUAGAAAGAUUGAAAUAUCUGAGAUUGCACGUAUUUUGGUCGAGGAAAAGGUUGCUGUUGGCCUUGUUAGAGGUAGACAAGAGUUUGGUCCGAGGGCGUUAGGUCACCGAUCAAUCAUUUGUUAUCCAAACACAAAAGAAGUGAAGGAUCUUAUCAACAAAUUCAAAUCCAGAGAAUGGUUUAGACCUUUGUGCCCAUCUGUGACCUUAGAAUGCUCGAAGUGUAUAUUCAAGCCAGCACGUAAUGAAAGUGAAGAAAGUGAUGGGAACUCAAAGAUACCACCAUCUCCAUACAUGUCAUUUGCUCCUAAACUGACUGACAAAGCGAAAUGUUUAUUUCCUGCAAUAAGCCAUUUUGAUGGCACUUCUAGACUGCAAACUGUCACCAAAGAUGACGAGCCUUGGUAUCAUUCGCUUCUGCAAGAGGUUGGCAAACUGAAUGGAGGCUAUGAAAUAUUACUAAAUACAUCUUUUAAUGUAAAGGGAAAGCCGAUCUUGAACCGUCUCAGCACAGCUCUGGAGAUCUUAGACUCUUCGCAGUCAGAUAUUUUUAAGUAUGUAGUCAUUGAAGACUGGUUAUUUACAAAGAAAGUCGAGGAAGUAGGCUAAAAUUUUUAUGUAUUAUAUUUUGAUUAAAAAUGAAUGAUUAAAAAUUAUGACACAAA